AUGUCCAAUUCUCCAGCCAGCAAACGACAGAAAGUUCCGGAGGCCAAUGCUGGGGCAGAUCAAGUAAGCCAAACCGUUAAUGGCCCGAUAAAAUCAUCAUCUUCACCGUCUUCGCAACCGGUAGCGUCACAUACGCCACGAAAACUAAUGAUCAGUUCAGCCGAACAGCGAAUUUCAUCAUCGCAGCCUGCUACUGCUUCCUCUUUAUCACUUACGGGACCUGAAUUGAAGCCACCACGAACAUCAUCCAGAGGGCGUAAUUCGAGAACUUACUCUCAGUCGCCACCAAGAUCGCCGGGCAGAUCACCUACUAGAAAGCUGGAACUGAUCAAGAUUUCUCCGGUGAAGAAAAGUAGGCUUGAGUUACAGAGACUUUAUGAUGCUGAACAAAGCCAAAAGAACUCAUCACGGCUGUGUAUUGAUAAACUUGUGCUGGAGAACUUCAAGUCAUAUGCAGGACGUCAAGUAGUGGGGCCAUUUCAUAGCAAUUUUUCUGCGGUUGUGGGGCCCAAUGGCUCAGGGAAGUCAAAUGUCAUCGAUUCGAUGUUGUUUGUGUUCGGGUUCCGUGCUACUAAGAUGAGACAGGAUAGGCUCUCAGACUUGAUUCAUAACUCUGAGUUACAUCCAAAUCUGCAAUCUUGUUCCGUGGAGGUUCAUUUCCAUUACGUGAUCGACCAGGAUGAUGGAACGACCAGGAUCGACGAGGAGAAGCCCAGUUUGAUCGUGACGAGAAAAGCCUUCAGAAAUAAUUCAUCCAAGUACUUCGUCAACGGCGCAGAGAGCAACUACACACGAGUCACCGAGCUCCUGAAAGAGGAGGGAAUUGAUUUGGACCAUAAGAGAUUCCUGAUUCUCCAGGGUGAAGUUGAAAAUAUUGCUCAAAUGAAACCGAAGGCUGAGAAGGAGGGAGAAGAUGGCUUACUAGAAUAUCUAGAAGAUAUCACUGGCACUGCGAAGUAUAAGCCACAGAUCGAAGCUAUAGCGAAACAGAUUGAAGUCUUAAAUGAAAGCUGCCUCGAGAAAGAAAACAGAUUUCAGAUAGUCGACCAGGAAAAGAGUUCUUUGGAGGCCGGGAAAAAUGAAGCUCUUGAAUUCUUAGAGAGAGAAAGGAAUCUAACGCUGUUGAAAUCAAAGAGACUUCAAUUCAAGAUAUGGCAAAAUAAUAAGAAGUUAUGCUCGACGCUCAGCAAAAGCGACAAGCUAGAGCAUCAAUUGACGGAAGAGAGUAACAAAUACUCCGAGACAAUGAAGGAAAUGCAUACGCUUGAAACCCAGAUAAAAGAAGCCGCGAAGAAGCUAGAGCUACAGAUCGUAAGGGAAAAGACAUUGAUAAGCCAGAAAAGAGACCUAGAUCAAGAAAGAGUUGUGAACGAAGAAAAGAUGAAAAAUCUGAGUCAGAAGGUUGCAAAAACGGAAGACGCCUUAAAGACAGCCCAAAUUUCGAUCGAGCAAUCGCAGGGACAUCUAGAUAAAUUAAAAGAACAGCAAGGCGACCAUACUGCAACGCUAAAACACUUAAGUGAAGAUCUAGCAAGGGAACGAGAACAGCUGGACAAGAUCAAAUUGUCGCUAAAAAAUAAAACAACAGACAUCUCAGCUGAGAUUGCGCAGUGUGAGAAAGAUCUUGAACCAUGGAACGACCAAUUGCAGCGAAAGAGAGCUGAAAUCCAGCUUGCAGAUUCUGAGCUUUCCUUGUUAAGAGAUAAGCAGUCCAGAUUGGACGAAGAGGUUCUGAAGCUUGAGAGCGAAAUUGCCGCUGCAAUAGAAGAAAAGGACGCAAAACUAAAGGCGGUUAGAGAAUUGGAAGAGCAGAAAGCUGCUAUUUCUAAUGAAAUAUCGACGGGUGAGGGAGAAUGGACUGCCGCUCAAACCAGGCUGAAAGAAAUGCACGAUAUCUUAAACGUACAAAGACAGCGUACGAUGGACGCCAGAUCCGCACUUUCAACUGCCCAAAAUAAGAGUACAGUUCUUACAGCUCUCACAAAACUUCAGAAAUCGGGUAGAAUCAGCGGCUUUCAUGGCAGGUUGGGCGAUCUGGGGACAAUAGACGAAGAAUACGACGUAGCAAUAUCGACAGCAUGUCCUCGAUUGGAGGAUCUCGUCGUCGAAUCUGUCGAAUGUGGUCAGCAGUGCAUUGAUUACUUGAGGAAAAAUAAGCUGGGCUAUGCCAGAUUCAUACUAUUAGACAAGCUGCGAAAGUUCUCAAUAAAUCCUAUUGAAACUCCUGAGGCCGUUCCACGUUUGUUUGACUUAGUACAGCCGAAAGCUGACAAAUUCAUCCCUGCUUUUUAUAGUGUACUGAGAGAUACACUGGCAGCCAAUGACCUCACACAAGCAAACAGGGUAGCAUAUGGCAAGAAAAGAUUUAGAGUUGUUACGUUAGAUGGGAAGCUAAUUGAUUUGUCAGGCACAAUGAGUGGUGGGGGUUCUUUCGUUGCUCGUGGAUUGAUGAAGCUUGCUCAAAAUAAGGCCCAGGAUGUUGAUGUAUACAGUCCUGAAGAAGUUGCUCAGCUUGAGCAUUCAUUAGCCGAGAAGGAGAAAAACCUUCAAUUGGCAAAUGAAACCUUCCAGCAGAUGAUGAGCCACCUAGAGGAGCUAAAGGAUAAAGCUCCAGAGAUUGAUCUGAAGAUUUCUAAGCUUCUGUUGGAAAUCGAAUCCUGGGACACGGAGAUGCAGUUAAAGCAAAAACGUCUGGCUGAAAAGAGGUUAAUGCAGAAGAAAGCCAUAGAAAACAAUGAAGAACUUGAGCGAGCAGAAGCACGAGUGGAGCAGUUAAAACAAGAGGAAGAAUCCCUUGGAAAGCAAACGGCCAGUACUAAGCAGAAAAUUGCCGAGCUUAAAGAGAGAAUUAUGGAGAUUGGCGGAUCAGAGCUCAAACUUCAGAAUGUUAAAGUGAGCAGCAUAGCGGAGCAAAUCGAGUCCAUAACUUCCAAGCAGAAGAAAGAGAAAUCGAGCAUAAAAAAGACAGAAAAUGAGCUCAAGAAGCAAACGAAGGCCUUUAAUAAUGCAAAAACUGAUCUGCAACAGUUCACGCAAGAAAUUAACAUGCUUGAAGGAGCAAUCGGCAAACUGGUCGUUUCUUUAGAAGAGAUUGAAACAUCAGUGCAGGAAGUGCAGGAGGAAAGUCGAGCGUUAAGCGGCAGGUUGGAUCUUUUGAAGCAAAAGCUAGCAUCUUUGGAGGCUGGCGCAACAGAAUUCAAAUCCUUGAAAAUUGAAAUAAAAGAUAGACUCGAGAAACUUAACGCCUUAGCCCGCCAUCUGCGAAAAGAAAUAACACAGCAUGAGACUGAACUGGAAAAUACUAAAAUCAGAGAUGUCGCCAGAAUUUUACAUCAGCUGGAGGAAGACGAAAAUGCAAGUGCUAACAGCGGCGGUGACAUACUGGACAAGCAAGAGCCAGGACGUAGUCCCGCACUGGAAGAUGAAAAUAAACAAGAUCAUCCCACAUUGAUGGAAAAUGACUCCCUGAAUGAUGAAAGAAUGGAAAUUGAUGAAGGAGCUGCUGAACUACCUAACAAGCUACCUCGUGUGGCAGAAACUGAACUGGAAAACAUGAAUUUAGAUGAUUUAGAGUCUCAGAUUAAUGAUCUGCAACACUAUGUGGACUCGACGAAUGUGGAUGUGGAGAUCUUAGAAGAAUAUGCGAAGAGAUUGGCUGAACAUAAGCGCAGGAAACUGGAUCUAAACCAAGCUGUUCAGGAGCGAGAUAACAUGAGAGAUAGCCUUGAGGAUUUGAGAAAGCGCCGUUUCGACAAAUUUAUGCAAGGUUUUGGAAUCAUAUCCAUGACUUUGAAGGAAAUGUAUCAAAUGAUUACAAUGGGUGGAAAUGCCGAAUUGGAGCUUGUCGACAGCUUAGACCCAUUCUCGGAAGGCGUUACGUUUAGUGUUAUGCCGCCAAAGAAGAGCUGGAGAAAUAUUACUAAUCUGUCUGGUGGUGAAAAAACUCUCAGCUCUUUGGCAUUGGUCUUCGCACUACAUAAAUACAAGCCUACACCACUAUAUGUUAUGGAUGAAAUUGAUGCAGCGCUGGAUUUCCGGAAUGUUUCGAUAGUAGCCAAUUACAUCAAAGAGCGUACCAAAAAUGCUCAAUUCGUUGUCAUCUCAUUGAGGAAUAAUAUGUUCGAGUUAGGACAGCAGUUGGUUGGAAUUUAUAAAAGGGAUAACAUGACGAAGAGUGCCACUUUGAAGAACAAUGACCUGAUUGAUAGAGUUUGA